UCUCUCCAAUCUUCACUCGCGAAACAGAAUUCUCCGCCAUCCAAAACAACUUACAUAUGAUAUGAUAUGAUUCUUUCUUGGUUCCAAACCCCCAUCAUUCUCCUUCACUCUCCCUCCCAAGUCCCAACCGUGACCUCAAUUCCCGUUUCCCUCACCUCCCGCCACGUGUCACUCCUCCAUUCGCCUGUCACCACCGCUAUCAAAUUCAGAUUCAUCGCAUACAUACCGAUAAUGGAGAUGGCUCAGCUGAAGACUAGAGCUCGAACUGCAUUGCCCAUGGAAGCUUCCGCAACUUCACCAAAGAGAAGAAAAAUCGCCAUCAACACCAACACCAACACCAACACCGUCACCGCUUCCUUCCUUCAACUCAAGAGUUUCAGUAACCACACAACCUCCACGGAGGAACGCUUCUCCGGCGAAUCUCCGGCGUCUUGCUGCUCCAGCAACGGAUCCUUCGAUCAAAACCGAAUCAUCAACUUCUCAGAUCUAGAGGUGGAGAGCGCGCAAGCUGAAACGUCGACGUGCAACUGCGGUGAACAACAACAAAUGAGGAGAGAGAUGAGUCUCUCGAGCGAGCUUCGAGUUACGAAUUCGCAAGAGGUGGAUUCCGCGGAGAAGAAGCUAACGAUGCAGACCAAAGCCAAAUCUCGCAGCGCUCUAUCAACGCCGCAGAAAAUGCCUACGGAAUCGGAGCUCGAAGAAUUCUUCGCCGCCGCCGAGAAAGACAUUCAGAAACGCUUCUCAGACAAGUAUAAUUAUGAUAUUGUGAAGGACGUGCCGUUGGAAGGACGAUACGAGUGGGUUAAAUUGAAGCCAUAAAAGUGACCAACCAACCUUGAAGGAAGACCAAAGACGGUUAAAAAUGGCACUUGCUGACAUUAUUCUUACGUUAAUUUACUUUAGGCACUUGAUUUUACUUUGAUUUUGUGUCUUUCAUGCUAGGAGAACGCUUUUGUUUGGUGUAUAGUUUGUUUCAUUUUCUUCUGUGGUUAAGGAAGGUGAAUUAAAGGGGAUUCAGUCUCAGCUUGAUCGAUCCCUUUGUUAUUUGUGUACGGGUUUUAUAGUUAUACGGAGAAGCUAGUCCUGUGCGGAAUUUAUUCUGUAAAUUCCGUUGGUGGUGAUGACUGUAGCACAAACGAUUCCUAUAAGGCUAUAACAAAAUUGCAGUCUCAUUUUUCUCUCUUUAA